AUGAUGGUUAAGAUUCUAUAAGAAAUAUAUUUAUUUCAGCUCUUAAAUGUUACCCAUCAUGUAAAGAAUGCACAGGGCCAAAAUUUAAUCAAUGUACAAAUUGUUAUUAUGGAUUACCUAAAAACAAUAUUUGUCCACCCUGCUCAUCUAAUUAAUAUUAUAAAAAAAAUUAUGGAUAUAGAGAUAUUUGUUAUAUUGAGGCUCCGUUAUGCUCUAAUGAAUUUUGUUAAUCUUAUCCAAGUAUUUAUAUUAUAAUAUUAUAGUUUAUAAAUUUGAUUCCAAUAACUCUCAUAAAAUUUAAUGGUUUCUUAUAUAUGACCCACUACAUGAUCUCCAAAGUUACAAUUUACUUUGGUUAUGAAUUUGAUGUGUAUGGAAUCUUUAAGUUUAAUUCUGGUGAUUAGUGUAAUUAGAUCAUUAUUUUCCUCUUCUUAUUCAUUUUCAUUAGGGUUUAAAAUUAAAGUUACAACUUUUGA